AUGACCGCACGUUUGCGUCGCCAUGCUGCCAAAUUUCAUGGCCGCUCGAGGAGACAGCGGCAGCAUGUGGUACGGAAAUAUCUCCAAGCCUUGCGUGGCUUCGACAAAGCUGCCGCGCAGCAGCAUGCUGCCCAUGUGGCAGGAUGGUUAGCCUACGGCCCCAAAGACUAUUCUCCGAAAGAGGCAGAACUGUGGCUGCUGAGCAAAUUUCUGGACAGGCUCGGGAAGGGCGUCCUUCCUGGCCGCUUGCAGCAAGCGCUGCCGGAUGUGCUGGUGAAGUUGCAGUCGUUGCGUGGAGGCCCAUGGGCAGACCAAGCAUGGGCGCAGGCUGCCGAUGCUCUGGCGAAGAAGCUGAAGAAGUUCCGCUGCUGCCGGCGGGAACCCGAAGAGGGCCCGCGACCAGUCGCUGGAAGCCAAAAAGCACCCAAAGAGUGUGCAGAUCAGAAUGCUGACCGAGAUGGUUUCGAAGAGGAUAUGGAGCCUGCCGCCAGAGGCGUACAAGCAAUGGAGGCGCCGCCGCAUCCAGAGUCCGGCGGCUUGCAGCGGCUUUUCCGGAAGAAGGCUGAGUGGGUGAACAUGCAGCAAUCCGAGCGGGCAGAGUGCUUGCUCCGGGCAGAGGCUGUGGAAUUAUCCCAACAAGGCAUUGCGCAAGGCAAGCUGACCAAGAUCUUGUACCAGGUGGCCGCUGCCUUGGAUCUGCAAGAGGCCGGCCUCGAUAGCUCUGACUCUUUCGGGGGCUUGCAGCGCCGCGCGCGGAAGUUGCUGCUUAAGGUCUUGCGCGCUUGGCGCACGCACCACUUCGACUGCUCUUCCAUCCGCCACAUCUUGGAGCAUGUAGAAAGGCAGAUCCGAUGCUUCGAGGAAAAGGCCAGCGAGCUCCGCUUGGCAGCAUCUGCCACCGCCUGGCUUGCUAUUCAGAAAGAAGUCGGCCGCUUGCUACAAGGUGCUGAUGCGCUCGACGGAUUGCAGGUGCGCCGCAGGCAACUGACCCGUCCGGCGACUAAUUGGGUUGCGAAGGGUGCGAAAAAGGCUGCCAUGCUGACGGCGAUGAAAGCACUCGGUUGCAGGGCAACGUACCAACAGCUGCUGGGAUAUGUGCGACAGAAUCUACAUGUGUUUGGAGAGACAGAUCCAAGCACCAUUGAGCGCAGCUUGAGAAGCUUUCGUGCAUCAGCGUACUUCGAGUUGCGUGGAAAGGAAGACGGCGAUGAUGUUUUCGGCUUGGCCGAGCCCUGCCCCAGAGGCAUCCGACGCCAGAAGCGGGGUUUCACGGCCCGGCUGCACAUCCGAAGCAAUGCCUGUUGCUGCAUAGGUCCUCUAAGGUCGAGUGUCGAGGAGGCGAGUGCCGACUACCGUCGGUUGCAGGAGUGGCGAGCUGACAUGUCACCCGAAGCGCUUUUUCAGUGCAUUCGUAGCUGGCAGGGUGCGCAUGUUGUCAGCUCAAAGCACAAGCCUCGAGAUCGUGUCAAAUCGCACAAAAAGGCCCGGACUGCCACGCCCGAUGAGGAAGAGGAGAGUGGAGCUCGGCGGAAUUCCAAGAACGGCAUGAGUGAGAUGCUGGCCCUGAGCGAGUGUGAGAGUCGAAAGCCGCUGUAA